AUGAACUCUGAGGAGGAAAGAACUCUGAGGAGGAAAGCUCCUGGUCCUGCAGCUCCUGGUCCGGCCCCCUGCAGCCGGGCUCCGGCCCGGCGGCCCCGGGGCCUCUGUGGUGCUCCUGAUGGCCCUCACCCACCGCUGAAGAUCCCGGGUGGGGGGGGGCCCGGCAGGGAUCACGCCGCCGUGCUGCACCAGGGGGGGGGCCUGACGGUCCUGCAGCCCCUGCCGGACUCCAACCCGUCUCUGCUCCGCUUCAGCUACCGGCUGAGCGAGCGCCGCUCGGCAUUCUGGGACGCGGUUCUGGCGGAGGAGGGUCUGUUCCUGGAGGUGCCGGCCGGGGCCCCGGCGGAGGGCAGCAAGGAGGGGCUCACGGCCCUGCUGGAGUUCUCGGAGGACCAGCUGAAGGUGGACUACGUCUUCCUCUGGUUCCACAAGAGCAGAGACGACCGGACGUCUCUCAUCAGGACCUUCCACUACAUGGGUUUCCAGAUGGUGAAGCCGGGGAACCCGCUGGUACCGGCCCGGCCCGGUCUGGCCUUCCUGGUCUACAGCCUGGAGGCCGGCAGUGAGGACGAGGACUGACCCCGCCCCCUAAAGGGGGCGUGGCCACCGGCAGUGAGGACGAGGACUGACCCCGCCCCCUAAAGGGGGCGUGGCCACCGGCAGUGAGGACGAGGACUGACCCCGCCCCCUAAAGGGGGCGUGGCCACUGGCAGUGAGGACGAGGACUGACCCCGCCCCCUAAAGGAGGCGUGGCCACCGGCAGUGAGGACGAGGACUGACCCCGCCCCCUAAAGGGGGCGUGGCCACCGGCAGUGAGGACGAGGACUGGCCCCGCCCCACCUGCCGGGGCCACAGGCAGGCCACGCCUCCUCAUGGGAGGGGGUGGGGCCUCUGGUCCCGGCUGGUGACCUGGACCACUUUCAGGGGGAGGGGCUUCUGAGGGAGGCUCCUCCUCCUGGUUGCUAGGCAACGCAGACGCAUCUGGACCGAAGAGAGCAAGACUGAAACUCCUGUGGGCGUGGCCUCUCAUGUGGGCGGGGCCUCUCCUCGUGUGGGCGGAGCCGCUUCGGUCCGUGGACUUCGCAGCCAUCCGUUUUUUGUUUUGAAAUGACAAAAUAAAAAUAGAGAAAUAAUCCGUUUCCCAUCUUUUGUUUUGAUAAUAAAAAAUGGAAAACGGAUCGUUAUCCGUUAUCCGUUAUCCGAUUUGUUAUGUUAGAGUUCAGUUUAUGUUAUUGAUUGGACGCAGUUCAGGGAUAUUCAAUUGGCGGCCCGCGGGCCACAUGCGGCCCGCCAGGAGCUUUUAUGUGGCCCCUGGUCAUAUUUCAAAAAAGGGGGUGUUUGUUGAAAAAAAAAAGUUUUUUUUUUUUAUUUUAUUUUUUUUAUUUCAGAGUUUUUGCCAGUGUUGCACAGUGUUAAUGUUUGUCACAUUAUUAUUAACCUCCGUUGUACAGAGGACUUGUUGAUAUCAUUAGGCUUCUAGGAUUGGCCUGACAUUUUUUUCAUUUGAAUAAGUGAGGACUUUGCAUUUCAGAUGAAACUUCUAAACCUCCUAUAAUUUCAUGUGAUUGUUUUGUUUUGCUGAUAAAAUGCACAGAUGUUUCAUUAAUAAAGGAGCUUAUGGUUAA